AUGGCGCAGACCGGAUUCUGCGAUUCAAGACCGCUGCCGGACCUACACAAGAAGGCUGAGGAGAGGUGUGCCCCUUUGAGAACAUGGGCUAACUCAUGUCCCCUGAAAGAGAGCAGGACACCAUCAGAGGGAGAAAAGCUUGGAGAGCCCAAGUACCAGACUGAACAGACGUACAGAUGGGUUAGGAGGCUUCCAUUAUCUGCAGAAGAUGGCAUCAUCAUGGACUACGCUGAACAAAAUGGCUCGCUUCAUCAAGUGACUGGCUGUGAGAGAAAGGCUUUGAUGGACUGUCUUACUGGGCUGUCAGGUCUGCAGAGCCUCACAGAGUUGUUACCUGGCCUCCUGCAUAGAGAGCUGGAGCGGGCCAUGAGCAAAAUGGGGCUAAUCUGUGACAGGACCUUUGCCUGGGAUGUAUUUACAGAAAUGAUGAGGACUCAGCUGCGUUGUGCCUUCCCUAAUGCUGACUUGCCCCCACCCUUCACAGACGCCAUGCGUGCCAUCCUCGUCGACUGGCUAGUUAAGGUUCAUAUGUUGUUCCAUUUCUCAGAGGAAACCCUUUACCUGGCGGUGCACCUGCUGAACCAAUCCCUCCGUCGUAUCAAAGUGUCCAUAGCCAGCUUGCAGCUUCUGGGCAUGGUUUGCCUCUUUUUAGCUGCUAAAAAAGAGGAGUGUCUGCUUCCUGAGGUGUCUGAGUUAUGUUACCUGAUGCAGAACGCCUACAGUAAAGCACAACUCUUGCGUAUGGAGCGGCGAGUUCUCUGUGGACUAAGGUUUGAGCUGUCCCAUUGUCCACCCCUGCACUUCCUGCUUCUCACUGCCUCAAUCGCACGAUGCAGUGAUAAGGUAGUGUUGAUGGCACGCUACUUGUUGGAGCUCUCUCUGCUAGAGGGCCAGUGUGUGGUGUAUCUACCUGCCCAGCUGGCUGGUGCUGCAGUCUGUCUCGCACGCAGGAUCCUACAGGAGCCACCAACACCUGAGAGUGAAGCUGCUUGGUGCAUUGCUUCCAGCAUUCAUGUGGGCAGUGAAGCCAGUCUUCUCAGCAUCAUGGAGAUCAUGGCUGUCGCGGCGGCGAGGGCAGACAGCCGAGAGACCCGUGCAACGUUCAUCAAGUUCUCUACUGCUGAUACACUCUAUGUUAGCAUCCAUCCAGGCCUGAAAACUGCCCCCAGCCUCUAUGGCCUUUCCAGCCCACAGACCUGA